UCCUUUCUAAACUCCCCUCUAUAAAUAAUACACAAACACCCCCCAUGUCUUCCAUUCACCAACUAAUCACUAAACCCCCCCUAAAAUUUGUGUUUCUUGUGUGGGAACUUGGAAGAAAUUAUGCAUUAUCAAACCACGCCAUCUUGGGGGUGUUACGUGUCCACCUCCGCUCUCGAGGAUCCGAUCGAGAGGAUAGAGCGGUUGGCUGCCGAGAAUGCCGUCGUCAUCUUUAGUGUUAGUACGUGUUGCAUGUGCCACGCUAUAAAGCGAUUGUUUUGUGGAAUGGGAGUGAAUCCAACAGUCUACGAACUUGAUGAGGACCCGAGAGGAGGGGACAUGGAGAAGGCUCUCAUGAGGCUUUUGGGAAGCUCCUCUCCCGUUCCUGUUGUGUUUAUCGGUGGUAAACUCGUCGGUGCCAUGGAUAGAGUCAUGGCCUCUCAUAUCAAUGGAACUCUUGUUCCUCUUCUUAAAGACGUUGGAGCUCUUUGGCUUUGACUUUAAUCUCUCUUUAAAAAUAAAUUAUUCGUUGAGGCUAGAGUAACGUGACUGACGAUUCUAUACUGUUGGAGAUAGGAGAGAAAUUAAAAAAUUAUAAUUUGACCUACUCCAUUGGUUUAGUUGAGACAGUUACACUAAUCUAUCCCAAUUAUGAAUAAUUUUUUUGCUUAAUUAUUCUGCAAAGCAAGGGAGGGAAUACAUGUAUGACCUUUUCUUUUUCACUAAUUUUUUUUACAGAGGAAGAGGAGUGUCGGUGUUUUUUUUUUGGGUUUGGUUGGUCAGUCCCCACUACUUAGGACAUACUAAUUAAUCAACUAAUUAAUGUUCAGUUUCAGUACAACAUUAUCCCUUUUGUUUUGUUUAAUUAGUGAUUAUUUGGUUUGAUUUUUUUUAUUAUCAGAAAGAUUUAUGAAAUGUAAUAGCUGAACCUCCCUCCUCUGUAGUUGCUUUUGAGACCAAAGUGAA